GGACUAAAUACCAUAGGCAAGACAGAUGAGGGGUAGAGAGAGAAAAAGAUAUAGUGUUUAAGUAAAGUGCUCAGAGAGAUGGGAGGUUGGAGCUGUGUAUUUGUCAUUUUUGAAAUCCUCCCAUGCACAAAGAGCUGUCUUCCACUGCGAUUUAGCAGCUGGAAGCAAAGAAGAGAAACAGCAUUGUUUGAGACCACAGGUUAAGAAAGGCCAUUCUACAGUGUAUUGUGGAUUUCUCACACAUGCUGAUAAAGAAGAGGCAGCAAGAUGUGGUGCGAUUUCUGGAAGCCAACAGGAUAGAGUUUGAAGAGGUGGAUAUCACAAUGUCGGAGGAACAAAGACAAUGGAUGUAUAAGAAUAUCCCACGGGACAGACUGCCUUCACAGGGCAAUCCGUUACCACCCCAGAUCUUUAGUGAUGAUCAGUACUGUGGAGAUUAUGAUGGGUUUUUUGAAUCGAAGGAAAGCAACACUGUCUUCUCAUUUCUUGGGCUGAAACCUAGCAUGGCAUCAAAGAAGUCAGAACCCUAGAACCAUCCUUUGGAAGUUUCAAGACACACAUGUUCUGGAUGAAUAACCUUGUUGUUCAGCACAUGACUGCUUCCCUAAUGGAUCACUGUGAUAAAAGCCAAUGCAUGUCAUCACUAUUUUGCUUGCCAUUGAAGAGGUGCUUUCCAAGGAAGUGGAGUUAAUGAGGAGUGUAUUCAAAAUGGGAUAAAGAGAGGGAUAUUCUUCCUCCUUUUUGCAAAUACCCACUGUUUUUUGUCUUGUUUCCAGAUUGCAUUCCAACUAGCACUGGUAUUCUGGUUAAUGCUGAAGAUGUAGGUGGGUAAUGAGGAAUGGAAAUACAAAAUCUGUAUUGUCAUGGAUUCACACAUUUGCCAUAUCUCCUUCCUAUAGUUUGAAAUUAGUCAUUAAUUUGUUGCAGCAAUUACAGCUUUGAUGGUUUUUGGAAGCAUUGCUAGUCAUGAUAUAGCAGGUAAAAAUAGACUGAAAUCUUCAGACACGUAAAACCAAGAUUGCGAUAUUUCUGCCCUCAGUGUAUUCAGUGCUGUUUAUGCUAGAACACAUUUAUUGUAAUAGACAUGAACUACUAGCUUCUUUCAUGAAAACAAACACCCUACAUGACUCAUAUGAUGAUUUGCAUCACAAAUGGGUGCUUAAAAUCAAUUAGUAAUGGAGAGAAGCUAAACAGACAGUGUUUUGACAUAUUUCUUUUUUUCCAAAUGCAAGUAAGUUGUUCUAGUGAUAUGCCUGAAAACAACUGGUUUGUUGGCAAGUGCACUUUAAAAUGUGAGGUUGUCAAAAUCGUGUGUGCGUAAGUUGACAAGGCAUUAUCCCAAACAGUCACAUAAUAGAAUCUCUCGUUUAGGUCUGAUUUCCCACCUCAGAUUCUACAGCUCUUGAUGGGGCCUUGAAAUUAGCUUGCCAAAACUGUAGGAUAGAUUCUUCUUCCCAUGAUUGCUUUGAAAAGCGCUUUACUCCACAGUUAGCCCCAUUUGACAUUGGUGGUGGUACUGGUAUUGGUAGGACUCAGUACUGUAGGAUGCUGAAACUGGCAGCCAAGCAUGUAAGCAAGGAUUUAGGUGACAGAGAGCAGAAGGCCUAGUGGCUUGGAGUGGGAUCCCCAAAGGUACUGGGAUUGCUCACAUGUUAAUGUUAAGUCUCUGCUGAAGUGCUUUGCUGGAAUGGGCCAUGGUAGUCAGGAUAAAAGUUAAGGGUAAAGGGAGUAGACAUUGUCCCUGUGGCUAAACAGUGACUGUUAAAAACAAAAGAAAAGAAAAACUGAAAGUAGACAGUUUAGCAAAUGACUUGUCUAUAAUCAAGUCUAAUUGUAUUAGACAUUUUGAAUCUCUUCCCUCUGAUAAAACAACAGCUAUUGAAUUUUGUUAAGUAGCUUCUGCUCAAGCAUGGCAGCUUUACUUCACAGCUAUCAUGUAAGGAUUUGACCCUGUUAUUCCAAUAAAUGACUAAAUAGCACAUGGCUGCUGAGGUGCAGUCACAGAAUUAUGCAGUUUAUUGAAGGCCAGCACUCCUAUGAAAUGCCCAUGUACCAGAAGACCAUCUUUCUUGUAAGCAAACAAGCAAUCAGGAAGCAACCCACUCUAAUGAUUUCCAUAUGCUGCUAUAACAAGUACAGUACCCUAUGAUGCUGGAAGACAGGAGCACGAGUGAUUAACAAGGCAUACUGAUAAUACUGCAUGACUGACAGCCACAGCUGCCAACUGUUGCUGCUUUGCAGAGUAUGUUUUCCCUUCUUUUAACUGGUCUUGUCUCAACUUGUCCCCUGUCCAGUCACUGCUGUGUUAUGUUUCCCUUUACUCCAUAAACAAAGGCCAAGAAAAAGCUAAAAGCUAUGGAGAACAAUUUCUCUCAAGCAGCUCCCAUUUAAAUAAAGGAGCUACAGAGGAAGAACAUGCAGAAUUUGGUCCUGUGGUUAUACCUAUUUCUUACUGAAAACCUUGCCUUUGGCACCUCCAGAAGAGGAAUCCAGAGCAGGAAUUAACAGUUGUAACAUAUAAUGGCCUAUCAUAAAGGCUGUGUCAACAGGACAAAAGUCCCACGUUUUAUUCAGUUUUAGUCUCCAUGUGAAACACUGAAAUUCAGCAAAUAAUGUGAGCACUGGUUGUUUCCUUUUGUUAAAGGGAACAGGCUCUGUACACCCCUUACUAUGAAUGCAAGAAAAUUUAGUCAAGUAAAUAUAAUGUACAUAAUUACAGAAAAAAUUACAGAGCAGCCAUCCUGGAUUUAUCACAUACUUGAUAUGUUGUACAUCUAGAAUUCCCAAAAGUCCAACUUCUGAAAACACUUAUACAUGAGUAAGUAUAUGCAUGAGUAGUCCUAUUGGUGAGGUUCCAACUCUGUUAAUGUUAAUAGAAAAACUCCUAUUGAUUUCUGUGGGACCAGAAUGAGUUAACCAAUUACUCAUGCAUUUAAAUACUUACAAGCUUGAGGUCUAAAUUCUAAUUGAAAUUCAGUUGUAUUAACAUUACUGCUCAAAAAAAUACUUCUUUUACCAGUACAUGUGCCUAGACACAACUUUUGCUGACCUCUGAUCUAGAAGACAAGUUUAGCUGCAAAGCUGUUCUCCUCACUGGCAUGGAGUAGCAUUAUAAAUGCAAUAAAAAGCCUGUUUUUGAAUAUUAGCCUAGCUGACCUGAUUAAACCAUAACUUCUUGAAUAUGAGUUCUUUGUCUUACCACCUUAUUUUUGUAAUUACUAAAAUAGGUAGCUUUCUAGUUUGUUACACAAAGGGUGCAUUUACACAAGACACUUAGUGCACAGUAGCCUAAUAACAUUGCACAGUAGUGUGCUGGUCAAAAACCAUGCUAAAACACUCUGCAGUCAGCGUCACAAUAAAACCACACAUCGGUACUACUGCUCAUUAACUAGUUACUGUGCAUUUAGUUAGUACUUCAUUAAGCAAGUACUAAACUAAAUGCACAGUAACUACUGUGCAUUAUUGAAUGUGUAGACGUGCCUAAAGUGACCUAGAUUUCCUUUUAACCAAUGUUAUAAUUAUACAUCUCAACAAAUUUAAAACAAAAGCCUCAUUGAAGCUAGAGACAGUAGAUGAAAGAAAUGACAAGUAUUACUUAAAAAAAAAUUAGCAGUACAAAAAAUUACAUCAAAAAUGAAAUGGUCCUGAUUCUGAGCCUGUCCCAAUAGUUGUCCCAGUUCAAAAUAGGCAGAAGAUCAGUAUCAGGCCUACUAUGAAUGAAACGCCAGAAAAUGGCAGAGUUAAUGCUGUUAGUCUCAUUAAAGAAAUGGGAAUUUGAUUUGGUAAGAAACUUGGAAUCUGACUUAAAAUCCUACUCCUGUUUUUAAAUGUGUGCCUACAUGUCCUGUAUGCUUCACUGAGAGACCCUGUUGGUUUCCCAAGGCCAGAAUUUGGUCCUUACACAAAACCAGCAAUGUUCCCUUUUUUGCCUUGGUUACCUUGUAGGACAUCAGUGCCAUCCACUUGUAUUGGCUUACUGUCGCACAAUUGUCAGAGGAAGCAUUUAAUUUGAGGGGAUGUGCUUGAACAUUCACUGUACCAGUGCAUUUAGUAGGUAUGUUUAUUGUACUUUAACAAGUGAAAUUGGUGCCACAAAAUAUUGGAGAGUGCCUUGCCUGAAGUAGGGCUGUUACUAUAGACGCAUCUUAUUUGCAUUUAGACCAAGAACUCAAGAACUUGUAAGUUUGUUGGAGUCAGUAAAACAAUUUUAAAAAUGAGUGUGGGGCCUAAGAACAAUAAGACACAAGUUGUAGGGCUGAAAUGCUUUUUGGAUAUUUUUUUCUGACUUUUGGAGGACCAUGCCCCAAAACAUGGCAUAGCUGCCUACUGUGCAAGUGAGACAGCAUUCUAAUGCCUAGGGCCAGCUUAAUAAAGCUAUUUAGAUGCUUAAACUUCCAUUGAUUUCAGUACUUGUUUAAGCAUCUAAGAUGCCUAAAUUCCUAUUUGAAUCUGGCCUCUUAAGUCCAAGGGACCAAACCAACCUCUUCCCACUUCCUCUCCAACUGUUUUAGCACUUAAGUCUACAUCUCUGAACUUUAUUUUUGCACCUGUAAACUUACUUGGGUGACAAAAAUUCUGCUACAGAACUUGCCCCCAUUUUGACUGGCCUGGACAUAUCAGCAUCUGUCUCCUUAUGUCAGCCCAUUGGGAGACACAAACUGGGUAGAUUUGGCCCAAAGUCCUGUGAGGGGCCUGCUGAAAUCGCAUCUAAUACAUGGAGUUUGGUGCUAAGCAGAGGGGGCACAGCCUGUUUCUUUCAAAAACACAGCUGGAGGAGGAAGGGGUGGUUCUGGUCUCAUGUAAUACUGUUACAGCUUAGAGUACAUGCAGAGCAUGUGUUCCUUCCUGUUGCCCAAGACUGCAUUUUUGUUGCACUUUGGCACUGUUUGAAGUGGAGAGUUGUAGGAUGCUCUUCACACCAACUUAUUCUCUUGAUUUGCUAUUAGGGUACUCUCCUGGCAAAUGGGAGGUGCAAGUUUGAACCAUCUCAGGCUGAGGAGGGCCUAGAACUCCAUUUUUUUACUUUCUGGGCAGGUGCUCUUCUGCUUAGUUAUUAUAUACAAAAUAUCUUCUACUCCUGGCAUCAUUUAAAAGAAAAGAGCAAGCCAGUUGUCCAUACCCAGAUGGAUGACUUAGGCCUCUCAAUCCAGGAGCCAGUUUCAAGCUGCAAAUCCCAGUCUCCCAUAGGCACCUAACUCAGGGCUGCAGUCGGGUGCCAAAGCCCAAGAAAGAGGUGGGACUGCAGUUCCCUGCUCUGGAUAGGGUCUCCAUGCUCAGCUUCCCUGCCUGUGGUGAGUCCUGUCCUCACCCUGUUCAUCACACAGGGACCUUGUGACUUCCAUUCCAGGAGCGGAGCACUUGAUAGGUGUGGCAACACUGAGCAUCACUGUGCCUAAGCCCCUUUGUGAAUCUGGAAUUUACACUUCAUUUUUAAUAAAAAAAGAGAAAUGUUUUAAAAUAAUCUUCUGGUUGAUUCAUAUAAAAAAAUAUAAAAAUAGGAGCCUAAAGAUUCCCUCCCAGGUCCACUGUUAGGCAACACUAACUGAUCUAGUCACUAUACUGCCCCCUGCCCGGAGCUCCAGUUAAAAGGAGCUGCCAGACACUCAGCAGUUCUUAGACUCAGCUCACUUAUUUAGGAAUCUUAAGUUUUUGACAAGAGUUUAAGGCAGUGGUGCUCAACCUUCUUGGCUGGUGCCUGGUCUGUCCAUGGUCUGGAUCUUGCUAGUGGUUCUGAUCUGGCACCUGUCCCAUCUGGCUGUGCAGAGGGGGGUGGGGAAAGCCUGGGUGGGGGGGUGUAGCGUGGCCCCAACACAACUGGGCUGGGAAAGGGGAUUUGACCUGGCCCCAACACAGCCUGUGGUGGGGAGGGGGUGUGGCACACUCCAAGCUGCGGCACAGGAUGUGGGCUGUGAGACUUUGGCAGUGGGGAAGGGUAGCUGUAUUAAUUCCCCUGCUUCCCCGCUGCCAAAUUUCCUGACUGGUGAGGAGCUUAGAGGGCCAGAUGUCAUGGCUGUGUGGCCCACGUUUGCCCCGUGGGCUGGAGGUUGAGCGCCCCUGGUUUAAGGCAUUGCAGUUGGCAUCCAAACUGCUUUAAUUUUUGUUUCCAUUUGGCAGAGAGAAGCUUUGGCUUAAAAGAGUAAAGGUGGGUUUUUGUGAGAUGUUAUAUUUUUGGGGGUUUUGUUGUAAGUUUCUCCUCUUUGUCACCAGGAAAUGCCAAAUCUUGUUAGUUUUAGGCUUUGGAUGCAACCUGUUUACACCAGUGUAAAUAAGUGGGGGGAACAUUCAAGAUAAAACCCUGCAUUAACAUAACUCACUCAGAGCUGGCUUAGAAUUGGUCCAGGAGAAAACCAGGGAUAAAAAUAUACUGGUGUAAGUGCCACUAAUGUUAGUGUUGUGUGUUUUCAGCUUAUCCUGGGGUAAGCAUUUGCUCAAGGCAAAUAGGCUAUUCCAUACUCCCUGCCUCUUAGUGGUGAGCCACUGUAAUAUCCAUCCUGGAAACAUUCUCUACCCUGUGACAACUGGUCAUGUGUCAGCGCAUAUGCCUUGUGUCCAGGCCCAUAUUUGCUUGACUAGUCCUGCUAAUUUCAUUAGAAUUACUUGCCUGAGGAAUGUAAGGAGGAUAUGGCAAAGAAUAUUCUCUUAUGUAAAGAAAAAGAAAUGUAGAAAUCAGAAAACAGAUCAGCCUAUUAGAGAUUGGCACCAUCUCCCCUGCCAAUGGAGGACUGAGAUGUACUGUUUAUUUUCUAAUGCUUUGUCCUGUCUGAUAUGUAAAGCCUCUGGUCCACACGGUUCCCAUAAUAUCCCUGUGACAUCAUACAUCCAGAACUGAUGUUCUUUGUGACAGCAUAAAUGUUUUGUAAUUGGUGGGUUGGGGAGGGCAGAGUAAAAUGUGAGCACAUUUUAGACAGUUUGUAUAAAAUCAUGUGGAGUUUCAAAUUAUAUGUUACAACUCUGUUUACCUAAUAAAUAAUGUUUUAAAUGA